CACAUUGCAUAUAAUAAUUUUGCCCCUUUAACUCUCAUCCUCUCCUUAGGCUUAUGUAUUAUCUUCCCAUUUAUUCAAUUACCUUUAUGAUCACUUGGAAUAGUUGUUGAAGUACAAUACCCGUUUUUAAGGCAAGUGUCUGUUCGGGUUGAUAUAUAUAUAUAUAGAGAGAGAGAGAGAGACUAUAUCUUUUCACCUAUAUAAUUGCUCUCUUCUUCUAUCUAAAUCUUCAACACAAACAUCUUGUUUGGUCCUAUUUCUCAGAUCGAUCAUGGCUAACUCUGUGAUGGCAACCGAACAGCUCUGCUACAUCCCUUGCAACUUUUGCAACAUAAUUCUUGCGGUGAAUGUCCCAUGCAGCAGCCUGUUCGACAUCGUGACCGUCCGAUGCGGUCACUGCACCAAUCUGUGGUCUGUAAACAUGGCAGCUGCUCUUCAGUCGCUUUCACGCCCUAAUUUCCAGGCAACAAACUAUGCAGUACCAGAGUAUGGAUCCUCCUCAAGAAGCCACACAAAAAUCCCUUCAAGAAUUUCAACUCGUACCAUAACUGAGCAACGGAUUGUAAACCGUCCUCCGGAGAAGCGGCAGCGAGUACCUUCUGCGUACAAUCAAUUCAUAAAAGAGGAAAUUCAGAGGAUUAAGGCGAAUAAUCCAGACAUAAGCCACAGAGAAGCAUUCAGCACUGCUGCCAAGAAUUGGGCACACUUUCCUCAUAUUCACUUUGGUCUAAUGCUGGAGAGUAACAAGCAAGCUAAGAUAGCCUAAUAAUUCUCGAGAUUAAUGGUAAUAUAAGUGUUGGAGACUUCGAAGUAACAAGAGCUGAGAAGGCAACUAUAUGUAUUGUAUGAUCUUUGGAACCGUAUGUAUGUAAGUGAAGAUGUCUAUCUUUAAAACCAUCUAUAGUUAUAAUUUAGUAAAAGCUUCUUUUAAUUUAUUUCUAUGGCCCUUGUUGUAUGGUUCGUCUCACAAGAUUUAUGAGUUCUUUCGGAUAUAUGAAUCUAAAAUAAAAAAUAUGUAAUCUAUAUUAUGGUAAACCUAUCUUAUACUUGAAUUAUAAAUAGUAAAUAUUACAAUAAGUAUUUUUUUUCUUUAACGAUGUAGCAAAUUCUCUAUGAGUUAGUGGUU